AUGACGAGCUUAUUGCAACGUGUGGGUUCCUUACUCUACCUCGUGAGUCCAAAUGCAACGAGGUAUCAACAUGAAGACGAAAUUCCGAACUAUGUUGAUGAGUCAACUUAUAUCUAUUUAUUUAAUAAAGAAAAAAAAUUCUCUCAUUUUCAUCCAGUUAUUCAACCUUUUUUUUUCAUUUACUUUCAGGCAAUUCCAUUAUUUUUAGCCUUCAUUCUCCUCGAGGCAGCUGUGCGUUUCGUACUCGGAAGGGAAGUGAGAGUGAACGAAAGCAUUGCGUCCAUUGGCGUUGGAAUUCUGCACGAAGCAACGGGAUUCCUCACCGUGGGCUUCAUUCUACUUGGGUACGAGUCGCUGUACCAGUGGCGUGUCCUCGACUGGGCAUGGGAUUCCCUGGUCACCUGGUGGGCAUCGCUUCUUCUGGUUGACCUGUGCUACUACUGGGUCCAUCGCGCUAACCACGAAAUCAACUUCCUGUGGGCAGUCCACCAGAUCCACCAUUCCUCGGAGGAUUUCACCCUCUGUUCGGCCCUCCGCCUCUCCAUCUUCCAGCGUCUCGUCCACUUCGGGUUCUACCAGCCCCUCGCCCUCCUCGGGAUUCCUAAGACGUCGGUGGUGGUUCACUUGGGGUUCAAUUACCUCUUCCAGUUCUGGGUUCACACGGACGUGAUUCGGAAGCUCGGCCCGAUCGAGUGGGUUUUCUGCACGCCUUCGCACCAUAGGGUUCACCACGGAGCGAACAAGUGGUGCCUGGACAAGAACUACGGCAGCGUCCUCAUCAUCUGGGACAGAAUCUUCGGCACUUUCCAGGAGGAGCGAGAGGGCGAGGAGAUCGUCUACGGCCUCGUGGACCAACCGCAGUCCAAGAACUCCGUGUGGCAUGAGUUCUUCUACUUCGGCGAGGUCCUGACGAAGGCGCGGAGCAUGAGCAGCUGGAGCGACUCCCUGAGGGCGGUGUUCUACGGGCCCGGCUGGGUCCCCGGGGCGCCUCGCCUGGGGGACCCCGACGGCUUCCCGGACGUCAGGGCCCCCCGGGGGAAGUACGACCCCCAGAUGCCCACGUGGUUCCUGGGGUACUGCGUGGCUCAGCUGUUCCUCGCGUUGGUGUUCCAGCAGGUGAUUCUCGCGCGGUUUGAGGUCUUCCCUUGGUACACGACAACCGCCUACCUCGUCUUUAUUUUCCUGACGGUGGGCUGCGUGGGCGGGAUACAGGACGGGUCUUGGUGGGCGCCGUAUUUCGAGUCACUGCGAUGUCUCCUCUACGUUCUCCACGCCCACCACGCCCGCGUCACGCCCUAUCCGGUUGGAGAUGGCGUUUUGAUGGCGUGGUUUACUUUCUGUUUCUUCCUUUGGUUGAGUCGCGCCUUUAAGGGUUUUGUGGGCGGGACUACGAGCUUAAAAUUGGAGUGAAGUUGUGGUUAUGGGUGGAUAAAUUUGUGGUUUUUGUGUGGUUGAGGGUUU